UGUUACUAAGAAUUAUACGAAAAAUUAUUGCAGCUCUGAAAUAUCAUACUAAAUCCCUCAGACAACAAGAAAGUCUAAAAUGCACUGAGCAGAAUCGCAGUCUCAACAACAACGUUUUCAAAACAUGGCUUCACAUGGUGGCGGUGCAGGUGGAGGUGGUGUUAGCAGAGAAACAGUUGCUGCUGCAGGUGCCACCGGGCCUGGUGAACGUCGAGAGGGUGGACCAGGAGCACGGAAUGGAGAACCAAAGGAUAAGAAACGAAAAGAGUCCAUCCUUGACCUUAGCAAAUAUCUUGACAAGGCAAUUAGGGUGAAGUUUUCCGGUGGACGUGAAGCUUCAGGAAUUUUGAAGGGAUUCGACCAGCUUCUAAAUCUUGUGCUUGAUAAUACCAUAGAGUACCUUAGAGAUCCAGAUGACCCUUACAAACUAACAGAAGACACAAAGGAGAGAGGGUUGGUGGUCUGUCGAGGAACAGCUGUUGUACUUAUCUGUCCUAUGGAUGGCUGUGAGGCAAUUGCAAAUCCUUUUGUGCAGCAAGAAAAUUAAGUGUGCAUGUCUGUAUUUUGAAAGGAAUAUUUGAUUUAUUUUGGUGGAACAGAAAUAUGAUAGAUGAAAGUCUCUGCAUUAUAUGAAAUUCCUAAUUACAUGUAGGUUUCUUUAAUGAAGAUAGAUAUUAAUUUGCUUUUUAUGGUAAUUGUCUUAGUUUGUCACAUCACAUUUAUUGUUUAAUGGCUGCUUGAUAAGUAUUGAAUAAUUUAUUCAAACUAAUGCAAAAAAAAAAAAAAAAAAAAAAUGUUGAAGGAAGGUAUUUCAUUUCUAUGUUUCAUUAUAGUACCUUUUUAAAAAUUGUUACACAAUAGUUUUUUUUAUUAGAAACCAUUUGAGCACAGUCUUUGUUUAAUGUUCUUAUAUCUUUUCACACAUAAGUAACUUGGCAAUGUAGAUGCACUUCAUAUUUCUUGGAAUAUAUCAAAAAGUACAUUUAUAUUUCAUGAAAAGAAUUUGAUUGAGUUUCAGGCAAUUGGCCAAAAUUUAUGACUUCUUUCUGUUCUUCAUUACACAAGUUUCAGUAAAGAUUAAUGAGAUUUAGUUACACUUAUUUUUUAUUUUUCAGUUUUACAGUUUCAUGGUGUCCUUUAAAUGAAAUUCUUUUACUCAUAUGCAUCUUUGUAUCGUCUUGUGUAUCAAUGUGAACGAAAUAUAUGAAUUUUGAACGGUACA